CUCGGGGAACACCUGGAACUGGCUCUACUUCAUCCCCCUCAUCAUCAUCGGAUCCUUCUUCAUGCUCAACCUGGUCCUGGGUGUCUUAUCAGGGGAGUUUGCCAAAGAGAGAGAGCGUGUGGAGAAGAGGCAGGACUUUCUGAAGCUGCGCCGACAGCAGCAGAUAGAGAGAGAGCUGACGGGGUACCUGGAGUGGAUAUGCAAGGCAGAGGAGGUGCUGCUGGCGGAGGAGGAUGAGAACGCGGAGGAGAAGUCCCCUCUGGACGUGUUGAAACGAGGCAAGGUCAAGAAGAGUAAGAAUGACCUGAUCGGUGCUGAGGAGGGAGAGGAUCACUUUACUGACAUGUCCUCUGUCGCUCCCCCUGGCUCACCGUUUGGCCGGGCCAGCGUGAAGAGCAUUAAGCUGGACAGCUCGUCCUACUUCCGCCGCAAGGAGAGGAGAAUGCGUUUCUUCAUCCGUCGCAUGGUCAAAGCCCAGAGCUUCUACUGGACAGUCCUUUGCCUGGUGGGGCUCAACACACUGUGUGUGGCCAUCGUCCACUAUGACCAACCUGAGUGGCUCACCACUGCCCUGUACCUGGCAGAGUUUGUGUUCCUGGGUCUGUUCCUAUCUGAGAUGAGCCUGAAGAUGUACGGCCUGGGAGCCAGGAACUACUUCCAUUCCUCUUUCAACUGCUURGACUUUGGUGUAAGUCACCAUAAAUGCUUUUGGAAUAACUUGAAGAGCUAA